AUGGCAGAGGAACAGAUUGCUGUGGACCCUGACUUUGACUCCGCUCUUGAUGUGCCUCUUGAAGAGCCAUCAACAUCGUCGCUUCGAUCUAGUCUCCUACAGUUUGCACAGGAGAAUGGCCGUACCUACCACAAGCUUAGCGAAGGAAAAUAUGCUUUCCCAAAUGAUGAUGCGGAGAAUGAUAGGCUAGAUCUGCAGGACAACUUGUAUCUCAUCACACUAGAUGGGAAGAGAGCCCUCAACCCUGGAGCUGAUGAGGCCACGAGAGUGUUGGAUAUGGGCACUGGAACUGGUCUCUGGGCAUUGGAAUUCGCCGAUGAGCAUCCGGCUGCAGAGGUCAUCGGUGUCGACUUGAGUCCGAUUCAACCACCAUUUGUGCCUCCCAACUGUACCUUCGAGAUUGACGACCUCGAGAAAGAGUGGACAUGGAAGCAACCUUUCGACUUUAUCUUUUGUCGCAUGAUGACGGGAAGCUUCAGUGAUCCACAAGCCAUGGCCCAUAAAGCCUAUGAAGGUCUUAGCCCCGGUGGUUGGUACGAGAUCCAAGACAUUCAAAUCCCUUUAUUCUGCGACGACGACAGUCUGGAUUUCAAGACGUCCCCCGCCGUGAAAUGGCAACUAGGUCUCAUCGAGGGCUCCCGAAAGCUUGGCCGCCCUCUUGGCGAAUCUGACAAGUACAAGUCGAUCGUCGAGAAAGCCGGCUUUGAGAACAUUGUGGAGACUGUCUAUCGCUGGCCUACCAACAGCUGGCCCAAGGAUCCAAAGCUCAAAGAGCUCGGAAAGUGGAACCUUGCCAAUUUUGAUUCAGGCCUCGAAGGUGUCAGUCUUGCUCUCUUCAACAGAGUUCUUGGCUGGCCCAAGGAGGAGAUUCUGACACUUUGUGCGGACGUGAGAAAGGAGUUGAGAAACCCCAAGGUCCAUGCUUACUGGAAGAUUUAUAUCGUCUACGGACAGAAACCUGGGGCAAAGAAGGAGUGA